UAAAAUUCAUAGGUAUAUUUAACCGGUUAUUUUUCGUGGUUAAAUUUACCCACCUCAGGAACCAUGGUAAGUGGGUUACCAGACAGGUUACCAAAUUCAAAAUGGCCGACAUCUUUGAAACUAACCACAGACAACCGCGACAGUUUCGACGAAUUGACCGACAGCUUACUGACUUUGACGAUGAGGAAUUACGAAAACGAUACAGAUUUUCGUCGGACAACAUUGACAGACUUGUACGGCUGUUACAACACCGACUGGAACGGCGGACUCAACGGAACCGACCCCUGACACCACCUCAACAGGUUAUGAUUGCCCUACGCUUUUAUGCGUCCGGCAAUUUCUUACAGGUCAUCGGUGAUACGUUUGGAGUUGACGUGGCAACCGUAUCGCGGACAGUGACGGACGUUAUGGACGCAUUAUUUGACUUGAAGGACAGGGUCAUCAGAUUUCCAAAAACAAACAUUGAAUAACGAGCAACAAAGAAUGGGUUUUACGCUUUACGCGAUUUUCCCUGUGUCAUUGGGUGUAUAGAUGGCACACACGUCAAGAUCAUCGCACCUGGCCAGCCGGACGAACCAGCGUAUGUUAACAGAAAGAGACAACAUUCAAUUAAUGUACAGGCUACGUGUGACAGCAAAGGUGUUUUUUAUUAUACUCGUAUAAACAAUCUUACCUUAGUUACAUCAUAAAGAUCCUUUAAAAUUAUUUAAACAAUAUAAGAAACAGCCUCUACUGUAUACUGUAAAUGCAGAUCCGCAUGUUGAACAACACUACUGACGUCAUUGUCAACAAGAACUUUUCUUUGGGGCUCC